GUGUUCCUUACAAUUCUCUUGAAUUCUUUAAUUCAAAGUUUGCCAUAACGUGAACGUGGGAGAUUCUAACAGUGAUAUUGAUAGCUAGAUCACAUUUUCCCUUGGAAAGAGAGUAAAAGGGUUGCAUUUGGAUUUUACAACCUUUCACAAGAUUUCUCAACAAGGAAAGUACAAGCCACUACAUAUCCCCAUGCCCCUCCCACUCCUCAAAUUUGCUGCAGAACAAGGGGGCUUAUCUGUUGAUGUAAUAAAGCGGGCAUUUAGUGCAACUGAACAAGAGUUUCUGAAUUUGGUGAAGCAAGCUCUUCCAGUGAGACCUCAAAUUGCCUCUGUUGGAUCAUGUUGUCUGGUUGGUGCUAUUUCAAAUGAUGUACUAUAUGUGGCAAAUCUUGGUGACUCAAGAGCAGUUCUUGGGCGGAGAGUUUCUGAGGAUAAGAAGAAUAAGGUGGUGGCAGAACGGCUGUCAACAGAUCACAACGUUGGAGUAGAGGAGGUGAGAAAGGAGGUUGAGGAACUCCAUCCUGAUGAUUCACAAAUUGUGGUCUACACCCGUGGAGUUUGGAGGAUUAAAGGCAUAAUUCAGGUGUCCAGAUCUAUAGGGGAUGUUUACUUGAAGAAACCUGAAUUUUAUAGAGAUCCAAUCUUUCAGCAAUUUGGAAACCCUGUUCCUCUGAAAAGACCUGUAAUAUCAGCUGAACCCUCUAUCAUUAUCAGAAAACUCAAGCCACAGGACCUUUUCCUGAUCUUUGCAUCAGAUGGCCUCUGGGAGCAGUUGAGUGAUGAAACUGCUGUGGAGAUUGUAUUGAAAAACCCAAGAGCGGGAAUUGCUAAGAGAUUGGUAAGAGCAGCGCUCCAGGAGGUUGCAAGGAAGAGAGAGAUAAGAUAUGAUGAUAUAAAGAAGAUAGAGAAGGGACCAAGGCGUUAUUUUCAUGACGAUAUCACUGUGGUUGUAAUUUAUCUUGAUCAACAGAAAGGCUCUGGAAGCAACAAUAGAUCUAAACAGAACAAUACUGUUGGCUGCACCACGGCACCUGUUGACGUUUAUUCCUUUAAUGCAGACGAAGCAGCAGAAGAGGAUGUGUUUGACAUAAUUGCCUGAAAACAACAUAACCCAUUAGAGAGUAACAAGCUGACUUGUUCAAGUGAUGUUAUCAUACAUGUCAUGUAUUGCCUAAAUGAUGCUGGGAUUGAUUCUUGGUACGGUUUGUCAGAAGUUAUAGUUGGUCUACGUAAUCAAGUCACUAAAGAAUAGGUGGAUGCCGAUGGAAGCAGGCUGCAACAGGAUUUCCAAGUGAGGGUCUACCCCUACAUCGUCUCACAUUUGUUGAUUCUUGAUUCUGCAUUAUUUCGGUUGAUAUUAGUGAACCCCAUAAAGCAAAAUCUCCAAU